AUGGUCGUUACCUCUGAUGGUCCAAAGCUUCCCUCUGUGUCAGUGAGUCCCUCUGCUGAGAUAGAGGAGGGCAGUUCAGUGACUCUGAGCUGUAGCAGUGAUGCUAACCCAGCAGCUAACUAUACCUGGUACAAGGAGAAUGGGAACCUCAAACCUCUUAGUGAAGAUCCACAGCUCGUCUUCAGCUCCCUCCGGUCCUCUGACUCUGGACAGUAUCAGUGCAGAGCUCAGAACAAGCUGGGGAUGAAGACGUCUAAAAGCAUCUCUAUUGAUGUGAAAUAUGGUCCAAAGCUUCCCUCUGUGUCAGUGAGUCCCUCUGCUGAGAUAGAGGAGGGCCGUUCAGUGACUCUGAGCUGUAGCAGUGAUGCUAACCCAGCAGCUACGUAUACCUGGUACAAGGAGAAGCAACAACUGCUUCAGGGAACAGAAGGGAGUUAUCACUUCACCUCCAUCAGCUCUGAGGACAGAGGGAUCUACUACUGCAAGUCUGAGAAUCAACAUGGACACAUCAUGUCAUCGUCUCUCUCAGUAGAUGUCCAGUAUGGUCCAAAGCUUCCCUCUGUGUCAGUGAGUCCCUCUGCUGAGAUAGAGGAGGGCAGUUCAGUGACUCUGAGCUGUAGCAGUGAUGCUAACCCAGCAGCUAACUAUACCUGGUACAAGGGGAACCAAACACUGCUUCAGGGACUGAAAGACACAUAUCACUUCACCUCCAUCAGCUCUGAGGACAGAGGGAUCUACUACUGCAAGUCUGAGAAUAAGUACAGCCAGAUCAACUCCACAUCAGUACACAUAGAUGUCCAGUAUGGUCCAAAGCUUCCCUCUGUGUCAGUGAGUCCCUCUGCUGAGAUAGAGGAGGGCAGUUCAGUGACUCUGACCUGUAGCAGUGAUGCUAACCCAGCAGCUAACUAUACCUGGUACAAGGAGGAUGAAGACUCACCAAAAGCAUCAGGACAGAUCUUCACCAUCACUGACUUUAGAUCUGAACACAGCGGGAAUUAUUACUGUGUAGCUCAGAACAGCAGAGGACGUCGUGACUCCACCUUACACCUGACUGUGGUUUCAGGUUCAAUGACAUCAGUAGCUGUUGGAUCAAUCACUGCUAUUUCUCUGGGUAUCAUAUUCCUCUCUGCCUUCCUGUUGUUCAGAAGAAAGAGGACAUCGAAGCAAACCACCGAGCCUGGAGAGAGACCGGACAACAGAGCCCAGAUAAACUCGGUGAGUGACAGCCCUUCAGCUGCAGCACAGAAAACACCAGCAGAGCAGGAGCAGGAGCUUUGCUAUGCCACCGUGAACUUCUCCAAGAACCAGGAAGACCCUCUCUACUCCAACAUCAGGCUGCACAGACACCAGGAAGACCCUCUCUACUCCAACAUCAGGCUGCACAGACACCAGGAAGAGGAGGAUGUGGACUACACCACUGUCCAAUUUAAGAGUGCCAGUGCCGCCACAGAAUCAAGAAGUCAAAAGGCUGCGGAGGAUUCAUCUGCAGUGUACAGCACAGUCAGCAAAAAACCAAGAAUGUGAACACAACAUACAUGUGUGGCUUUUACCACUGUGGUUAAACUGUGUAAUACUAGGCCUGAGUUCAUCUACUGUAUCAACCAUUGUUAUGACAUCCAGCGCGUUUCUCCAGAGUAUUAUUGUUAGCUAACGUGUGGU